AUGAGCCUCCCGUCCCUCAAGCAGUACCACCGCAAGCCCUACGAGGCCAUCUCCCCCUCCCGCCCCGAGCUCUCCCAAGCAGGCAAGACCGUCCUCGUCACCGGCGGCAACUCUGGCAUUGGCUACGCCAUCGCCCGCAACUUCAUCAAGGCCGGCGCCAAGCGCGUCAUCAUUCUCGGUCGUCGCCCCGACGUUGUGAAAGCUGCUACCGAGAAGCUCGCUCAAGAGGCAAAGGACUUUGGCUCUUCCACGGUCCCUGACGGCAGAGUCUGCGACAUCGCGAGCCUCGAGUCCACCGAGGCGCUUUGGUCGGCGCUCCAGAAGGAAGGCAUCUAUAUCGACGUCUUGGUGCUUAAUGCCGCGGCUGGUGGGAGAGUUGCGCCCAUCCUGGAAAGUGGAUUGAAGAAUGUGUGGGCGGACUACGAGACCAAUGUGCGCUCCUCGCUGGACUUUGCGGAGAGAUUCUACAAGCAGGCUGGCAAAGGCGCAGACUCUCGCAAGUUCUUGAUCUACCUCUCUUCCAUUGUCAGCUACAUGUGGUCCACAAUGGCCCCUGAGCGUCCGAGCUACGGCCUGACCAAGAACGCCGGCACCGCCUUGGUCCAGCAGAUUGCCAGGGAAACCAAUGUCAACGACAUGCAGGUCGUGAGCUUCCACCCGGGCGGUGUCCUCACAGACAUGGCUCGCGCCGCGGGUGCCAGAGAAGAUCUUGGUAUUCCUUUCGACGAUGAAAAUCUGCCGGGUCAGUUUGCCGUUUGGGCUGCGAGCCGAGAGGCGGAGCAUCUCCACGGCCGAUUCGUCUGGGCCAACUGGGAUGUUGAUGAGGUCAAGGCCGUCCUGGGCAAGCAGAUUGCGCAAGAACCCAACUUUCUAAAGGUUGGAAUCGAGGGCUUGUCCGAGAACCUGCCGAACCCAAUGAUUCCUCCGGAGAUGUUGGAGAAGCUUUUGCAGUUCCAGAAGGGCGCCCAAGAGAAAAAGUAA